ACAACAAUAAUUCACUCUUUCACUUCUCUUUCUCUCAUUUGUCCACUAAUCGUUUCUUAAUCCACAAUCCAAUCUGAAAAAAAAAAAAAAAAUCCUCAUUAUCUCACAAGCUUCUUCUUUUCCUUAGUUGGUCUCCCCCCCUCCCUUCUCUCUUUGUUUUAUCUUUAUCAGCAUCCAAAAACAUUACCCUGUGGGUUCAUUUUGUCCACUUUGGUAUUAGCAACAAGAAUCUUAAAUUUUUUAUAUCAAAUUUGUAAUUUUACAAGGGAAUUCAAAUAAGAUCUUUCUUUUCCCCAUUACUUUUCAAUAUUAUUAUUAUUAUGGUUUACUUUUCAAUAUGUUCACCAGAUCCAUAAUUAAUAAUUGAAUCUUACAAAUAUAAAAGCGAUUAUAAAUACAUGAAAUUAUGGACAAAAAAAUAAUAAAAAUGAUUUCAAUAGAUCUCAAAUUGUGUUCAAAGAAAUAUGGAUUCGUUAUUGAAUCAAAUGUUCAAAAGCAAAUAUCAAUUUUAUUUGUAAUUUUCUAAAAAAAAUGCAAAAUUUUAAUCCAUAUCCAUAUCUCUUACAUUCUUGUUUUAUUUGUCUCUACGUUUUCCACCUUCUCCCACUAACUUUCCAUUAGUUUAUUCUUAAAAUUCUAAUAUUUUUUGCGUGGGCAAGUUUUAAUUUUUGAGUAUAGUUUCUGUCAAGAUUACAUUGCCCCAUACCCUUAUACUAGUUGCUGCCUCUGUUUCUUUCUCUCUCUUCUCUUUUUUUCUACAAAUUCUCGUCACCCCUCAAGCGAAGCAGUUUUCACUUUUAUUUUUAUUCUCUGGGACUCAACCUUUCUUUUAUUCCCUUUGUUUCCUUUUGGUUCCUGGGUUUUUGUGACUGUGCUUUUGGUUUUUUUACAUUGAGAUCUGUUUCAGUCACAGCUAUGGGUUUUUAUGAAGAAACUUGCAACUCUGGAACUACAAAAAAUGGCUUGCCUGCUCAAUUUGCGGUUUCCUCUACAUCACCCACAGAUCACUGUAGUGAUAACCAUGAGUUAAAUAUCAAAUCUCUUUUAACAAAAAUGAUUUGGGGUUUUGCUUUUGCUUGUUUUCUUCCUGGUAGUCAGAGGAAAGGUUCAAGAAAGAACCAGAAAAACAAUGGUGAAAAGAAAGGCAGCAAUUUGGAGCAUAACAAGGCGUGGUUGUUGGCUGAGUCAGGUGGAGGAGCUGAGUUGACAAGUUCUGAGCCACAAUCAGUUCACUCUUCUUUCAGGUUUAGUUUUUGUUCUCAAGUUGAGCUAGAAGCUAUGAAUUCAAGUUCUUUGAGUUCAGCUACUGUUUUGAUGGUGAAUUUGGAUAAUGGGGUAAGUGAGGAUAGAGCUAAAGAAUUGAAAUGGAGAAGGAUUGAGUCUUUGGAAAGAAGUAUUUCACCAGUGGCUAAUUCUUUGGUCAGAUUCAGCUAUGGUGAAAUUGUUUCGGCUACAAGAAAUUUUUCCAAAGGGAGAGUUUUGGGGAGAGGGGCAUUGAGCUUUGUUUUCAGGGGUAGAGUUGGACUGUUGAAGACAGCUGUGGCUAUUAAGAGGUUGGAUAAAGAAGAUAAGGAGUCUUCUAAGGCCUUUUGCAGAGAACUGAUGAUUGCUAGUGCUUUGCAUCACCCAAAUAUUGUCCCUCUUUUGGGAUUUUGUAUUGAUCCCGAGGAAGGUUUGUUUUUGGUGUAUAAGUUUGUCUCUGGUGGAAGCUUAGAACGCCAUCUUCAUGAUAAGAAAUGGGGAGUAAAGGGCCGUCCUUCAAUUCUUCCUUGGUCUGUUAGGUAUAAGGUUGCCUUAGGAAUUGCGGAGGCAGUCGCAUAUUUACACAAUGGAACUGAAAGAUGUGUUGUUCAUAGAGACAUUAAACCCUCUAAUGUUCUUCUUUCUUCCAAGAAAACACCCAAGUUGUGUGAUUUUGGAUUAGCAACUUGGACUUCUGCUCCCUCAAUUCCAUUCCUUUGCAAAACUGUUAAAGGAACAUUUGGGUAUUUGGCUCCUGAGUAUUUCCAACAUGGAAAAGUAUCUGAUAAAACUGAUGUUUAUGCUUUUGGGGUCGUUUUGUUGGAGCUGAUAACUGGACGGAAACCAAUUGAGGCAAGAAGGUCUCCAGGAGAAGAGAAUUUGGUUGUAUGGGCAAAACCUCUCUUGCUCAGGGGAAUGGCAGCUGUUGAAGAAUUACAUGACCCAAGACUCAAAUGCUCUUUGAAAAGGUCAACUCAAAUAGCACGAAUGAUACAAGCCGCAGCAGCCUGCAUAAGCAAUGAAGAAUCACGAAGACCAGGCAUUGAUGAAAUUAUUGCUAUAUUGAGAGGUAAAGAAGAACCAUUUUACUCAAUUAGGAAGAAGUCCAAUUUCUCUGGAAUUAUUGAUUGUUACCCUCAACUACAACAUUCAAAAAGUGAGAUGAGGAGUCACUUAGCUUUGGCAAUGGUAGGAGUGUCAGAGUUUGAGGAUGAUGAUCACCUUUAUUGUCGUUGAAACACACUGCAUUUUUAUAUAUCUGAUUUUCACCUCACCUUUUGCUUUGUCGCUUGCUUGACAAGAAAGUUUUAGGCGUGGCACAAAAAAAAAAAAAAGAGGAAAAAAGAUUGAAGUGUAAAUAGGAAAAGGAGUCUGAUGAAAGCUGGUUGCGUGUACAUACCCUGAUUCCCUGGCUCUAUAUUCCUGAUGAAAGCUACUGAUUUUCAUUUUAAGUUAUAAAAUUUGCAGUUCUUUCUAUUAAGAUUA